UUAGAUUAGCCAUGUCGCUCGCAGCUCCGCCGGCGCCGCCGCUGCCGCCUCCUCGGCUCCGCGCCUUCAGGCCCUCCGCCGCCGGCCAGUCCCGCGCUCUCUCUGGACGCGGGAGGAGUCUAGGCUCCCUCGGCCGCGCAUACUGCCUCUUCUCCGGCGGCGGAGGCUGGAAGCAGGAGAGUGCCUUGGGACUCAGCAUGGAAGGUUUUGAGCUAUGUGGAAUGGAAACCGAAACAAGGCAGCAAAGAGCUCGGCGUGGUGGUCCUUGUCCUGCAGCCCGUGGGGGCGGAGGAAGGUCUGGAGGAGGAGGAGGCGGCGGUGGCGGCGGUUGGUUCAGGUGGUUUAGCAGCGGAGGUUUCUGGGAUGCGGCGAAGCAAACUGUUCUCACGAUCCUCGGCAUUAUUGCGGCGUUCUUCCUGAUUGCGAACUUCAACGUGCUGGUGGCAGCUGCUGUCAAUCCUCUGCUGCUUGUGCUGCGGCAGAUACGGCGUGCAAUCACCUUUGCGGCUUAUUGCGUUUCUCGGGGCAUGGCGGCGCCCGGUUCUAGGCCAAAAUCAACUCCUAUAGCCAGCAGCGAAUUGGCUGCAAUGCCUGUCAAAGGAAGAGCCGAGUUGUCUGCGAAAGAAAGAGUUAUUAGGAAAUGGGGUUCAGACUGA